AUGAUUAAAAAGAUACUGAACAAUCUGAACAUAUCAAAUGAAGAAAAAGAUGACAAUUUUAGCCACAGCGAAAAUAUUUUAAACCUAAUCGAAGGAAUAAUUAUAAACGAAAAUUCCUAUUGGAAAUAUGUGAACAUAUUAAACGAAUUAACAACGUUAUGUUAUGAGGAUCCAGUAAACUUUCGGAAAUUUUUUUUUGUAAAAAAUGAAAAUGUCGAAAAGCAGAAAAAGAAGGCCAACCAAAUAUUGGACAGAAUAUUAAUCGUCGUUGAAAAAUAUGAAGAUGCAAGGAGCACAUUUCUGUACGCAAUUGCCAAGUUGAUAUUUAUCAAUGCCUUCGAUCUGAACGUCGAAAUUUUGCGCACCCUCUGCGACUUGGCUUACAACGAGGAAUACAAGUAUGACGUGCACUCGGUCUUCGAGGAAAUCGUGGCGGCGGCGAUGCUAAACUCGGCCGAGAAAGAAACGGUGAAGAAUAUUUUCAGGGGACUACAACACAUGCCAAGGGAUAAAACGAUCGCGCGGAGCUUCACUAGUUGCAUACAUAAAGUCAUCAAGCUGCUGCGGGGCUCCUUUGAUGAGCACAUCUUGGGAUUCCUCUCCGUGGCGACGUUAGAUCGGCACAACUGCCUAAUAGCCUACGACGAGGGGCUCCUGAAGAUCCUCACCGCGGAGAUGACCAAACGGGAGGAAGACGACUUCGAAGAGGCCCCACCCCACCUCGAGACGGUGUACAGAAUCGUACAGCAAUUAUGUGGGAAUUAUGUUAAGCACUGCGCAAUGCUAAUAAAGGAAAAAAUGCACUUAAAUUUUUAUUUCAAGAAAAUCAAGGAAAUAAUAAAAAAAGAUUUUAUGAGUCAUUUUGCAAAAAAAAAAUUUAUCUUUUGCAAUAUAAUUCUCAAUACGAUAAAUAAUAUUUGCACAUUUGAAAAGGAAAUUUUGUUCGAGUUGUGUAAUUCUCACCACUUUAUCGAUCUGCUUUUAAUUGGCAUUAAAAUGGAGAUGAGCAAUCCGUACUUUUUAAGCGCAAGUUUGGCUGGAUUAUUACUAGUAUUAAAAAAUGAACAGUUGUAUAAAAAGAAUAUUGAGUAUAUCUUAGAGAACACAAAGGAUUUGAAAAUAGUGUUACCGUUUUUGUUUGGACAGAAAUAUAACUCCAUGCUUCGUUACUACCACAAAGCAGAUGAGGACGUAGAAAUCUACUUACACGAUGUCGAUGUAGAUAAAUUCUCCAUGAAGGUUAAGAAGGGGUUCAGGGACAGCGACAUUAACUACUACUUGCUCGUCUGCCUCGAAAGCCAAAACGAAGACGUGGUGAUCCGCCUCCUCAGGUGCAUUCACCUCAUCCCAUUCGACGACUGCAAGUCCAUCGAGUUCCACAAAAUAUUCUUCCUCCUCCGUGAAAGAGAAAUCACGCUGAACGAAAAGUGGAAGGAAAUCUACUACUACUGCGUCAAGAUAUACAUAAAUGUAAUAAAAAAUGAGGAAAUUUCCAAAAUUGUAGAUCAGUACAAAUUCGAGGACACCCUUACGGGUAUUCUACGUAUCAUGAACCAGUUCCUCUUGCGGGCGGUUAUCCUCCACAGGAAAAACGAUUUAGUGUUAUUAAAAGGGAGGAAAUCAUCUCGGGGGGAACACGGCGAGUACGUAGGAGGAGAAGCGGACUAUAGGGACCCAGAGGCGUACGGUAUAGUCAAAUCGGAUGAUGAAGAAAUUGACUUGAAUAAGAUAACGGUAGAGUUAUUACGCACGUGCUCCAGGUACCCCACCCUGAGAUACUUCAUGAGAAACAACUCCGUGAGCUAUUACUUUGUAAACGUCCUGACAAAUGAAGACAGCCUGUUUAGCGAAAUAAACGUAGAUUACGAUAUUUUAAUCGAACGGACAUGGUGUUCAAGCAUUGAAAAUAUUUUCAAAGCGUUAGUCAAAAAUAACAUUUCAAAGGAUAAAAAAAUAUGUUUACGUCUUUUAAUCAACAUGGCUGACAUAUUCAGUGGUUACUUUUAUCAGUUCAAGACGGAUACACAUUGCAACAUAUUCGACUUAUGCACUUUGGAAGAAAAACACUGGAAUAGGAAAAAAAUUUUGCAAUAUUUUUACAUGAUGAAUAAUGCCGAUAUUGAGGAUUACAAGAAGCAGCUGCACACAUUCGUCAAGUUCCAUAUGACAAAUUUGUAUACUUUGGUGGACGUGUUUGUGGAGAAAAAUAUUUUCUCCGAAUUGAAGAAAGAGCAACGGGAAAACUACUUCCCAGGAGUGCUAAAGUUUAACAAAUUGAAAUAUGAAAAAAAAAUUUCCAAAUUAAAAUUAAAGGAAAAGGAAAUAAGAUCAAAAAUUUUACCUGAACAAAUGGAGAGAAGGGAUAACAGGACAGGUACUCCUCUCUUUGAUGAACUGCAAAACAUAAAGGCUAAAAAGAAGAAACUUUUUUUGUGGCUACACAAUAAUAACUUCCAACAAACUUUUGACAUUUCUCUCGUGGAUGAUGACAUCGAGUGUAAUCUUGAGCACAUGUUCGAAAUGCCCAAAGUGGUGAAGAAAAAAAAAACGAUUCGCCCUGGGAGGGGAAAUGCCUACCUCGGAAAAGACGACCCUCCUGAUGUUACAAUUUUGAAAAAGAAAUCACCUGAUGGGUUACUGGAAGAUUCACCCUCGGGGGAUGUCAAAAGUGUCAACAAUGGUAGGAAAAUCCAAACGAAACGGUCUUAG